UGGAAUGAGUGGAAUAUUUUUGUGGCGGCACGCGAGAACAAUGUAUAUUUUGACACAGACUUUCUUUUACCGUUGCUUUCAAUUCAGACUAUUAUAUACAAUGGGAUGAUGUGGUAAAGAAUUAAAAGUUUAUUUUUAUUUACUGGUAAAAAUUUUACUAUUCGACAAUAGAGUAUACGGUUACUCCGAAUUAGUAACUCGAACCAUAACCUCAAUUUUAGAUUUUUAACAUUGUUUUCUCGCCAUCGCAUAUACAAGAUUUUACGGAAAUCUUACAAGGUUAUACGAAACCCGUUAUUCAUUGUUCACAAGCGUUAACUGUUGGCAUGCAGUGUGGCAGUUUUUUCGGAUCACAUGGCGGACGCGUAUCUUCCAAAGCACUCCACAUACAGUGCCGACAACGAUAUCGAAGCAGAAGAGCUGAACUAUAAAUUAAUCAAGCUUUUAUCCGAGCUUAAAACUCCUUCGCAAGCAAUCCCGAUAGAUUAUCAGAAAACUCGAUCCUUAUCUGGUACGAAUUCCGAUAACGAUACAGAGUCGUUGCAGGAUUCUGCAAGUUUGCCCGGCUCGCUCGACUUUCGGCGGCAUCAGUAUGAUUACUCAUACACUCAGCAUGGCAGCCCACUUACCUCCAAACACUUACCGAACUUUUUGCCUCCGAUCGGUGUUUUCUGGGACAUUGAAAAUUGUCAAGUUCCUAAAGGGCGAUCCGCCAUAGCCGUUACGCAAGUAAUCAGAGAUAAAUUUUUUUAUGGUUAUAAGGAGGCGGAAUUUAUCGUAGUCUGUGAUGUACAAAAAGAAAAUAAGCAAAUUAUACAAGAGCUAAAUGACGCUCAGGUUAACUUAAUACAUGUUGCAGCAACGUGUAAAAAUGCUGCUGAUGAAAAAUUGAGACAAUCGAUCAGGAGGUUCGCCGAUAUUCACGGCAGUCCUGCGGCCAUCAUUUUAAUAUCUGGAGAUAUUAAUUUCGCAGCUGAUUUAAGUGACUUGCGACACAGGAAGAAAAUUCACGUGAUACUUCUCCACAAGGAGAAUACUUCUGAGGCUUUAAUUUUAUGUGCAAAUGAACAUUAUGACUUUACAGAACUUAUGGAGCCACUGCCGUCCAGAACUCCAGUCAAGGUCAACGAAUCGUUUGAUCUUCUGGUUAGUAACCUUCCUGAAGACAAAGACGUUACAGGAAUUAAGCGUCGGCUCAAAAGGUUAUCUAAUAAUUGUGGAGGACGAGUUGUUGAAGUUCAAUCAAAUGCAGCGAUCGUACGAUUUAUUUCCAAAGAAUACGCAGACAGAGCUCAAAAGCGUAUGCAUGGAGAAUACGUUUUCGAUUCUAAAAUCGCCGUCAAAUUCCUGAAGGAAAAAGAGUCUUCAGAAUCCAACAAUCGAGGAAACUCAGGCGUUCGGGAGCACACAUCAAGUGAAUCUGAAGCCAUAAACACACCGACAGGACAAAUGUUUGGGACAAAUUCGACAAUAGCAGGAGCUAGAAGUCUUCCUGUGACUCCUCAUUACCAUUCCGCAUCUCCAAUUGUGGGAUCAUAUUCCGCGUGGAAUGGAGUUCACUGCUCAGCAAUUAAUUCACAGACUGGCUUCGUUGAUUCAGCAUCUUCCUUCAUUGGAAAAUGUUUUUCUUACAACGAUAAUUCUAAUAAACCGUAUUCGGAGCAUUCCAGGGUCCAAUCGCCCCUCGUUUAUCAAAUGACAGGGGCACAUCAGUUGAAUCGUUUGUGGGAAGAUCACUACAAGGAAAAAGCGAAAGCAUCUUUGGGAAAAAGAGUGCAUAUUCCACAAGUCUGCGAUAAUUUAAUUCCCGAUGGAAUUCAUAAUCGCACACCUGACGGUCUUCGACGUAUUAGAGGAGCUCACAGUUCCUUUCCUCAACCAUCCGAAUUUGGUGCACAAAGACCGCCUUGGCCUGCUCCACCGAAUCAUAAUGGAAAUCACAAUGCAUUCCUUCCGCCAUUUAAGCGGCAAAGUCCAUUGCCAAUGUUCGUUUCACAAGGUCGUGACAUGGGCCACUGGAACGGACAACAAUUCCAGACUCCACAUCCAGGUCCAAUUCGUAAUAUGAGAGCCUCAUCUCCUUAUGACAUGGCUCCCAUGCAGCCAAUGGGCCAUCAUCAGCUCACUCGAAUGUCUCCCUACCAUCAUAGUGAUGCUGAAAACGAAGAAGUUGAGAACUUCUUCAAUCCAAUCAAUAGCAGCCGCAAUGGAAUAAAUUCGUCCAAUGGCACUUUCACUCCUAUUGAAUUGCAAGUAACGAAUCUUGAUCAAAACAUCGAUCCGAAAGAUAUGAAACGAAUUCUUUCCUCGAUUUUUAUGGAACACGUAAUGGUCCUUCACGUUUCAGUCUUUAUGCAGUCGGACGGAAACUUUGCUGCGAGUGUUAAAGUACCUUCCUUGCAUGACGCACAGUACGCGAUUUCACAGUUGCAUCGUCGCAAAAUUGGAUACAAAAGAAUCCUGAUUUCGUACUCGCACAGUUGUGGACCAAAUCCUCAACUCGUGAGGUCCCAGAUCGUGAUGCUUUUGCAAGAAGUUCCUGGGCACAAGUUGCCACUGUUUAAAUUUCGAGAAAUGUACGAGAGCCGCUUCAUGAUCUCGAUCAGUGUCUCGGAACUUUACAAACUCAAGGUGAGUUUAUCGAAUCUUCCGUAUUCCGUUUUUACAUUGUCAUCGAAAUGUUUUCCUAACUGUUACGAAGCAGAAUUUAAAGAAAUUUUGAAUAUAGACGAGAAUGGUGUUCCUUUAGAGCAUUUAGUUUCUUGCCUGUCAUCUGUGGAGUUGUAUCAAGGAGUUGGGAGUGUCAAGUUUUUGAUUUGGGCAGGAAAAAAUGCCCAUGAUGAAAGUCAUGAAGAUAACAAAUGCGUGAGUCCUCCAUUGGCAAAUCAGUUGGCACUCUUCAGUCGUGAAUUGGUUGACCUUCUGAAAACUGCACCCCAUUGUCAGUUGCCUUUCAACCGAUUCAUCCCAGCGUACCAUCAUCACUUCGGCAGACAAUGUCGAGUAGCUGAUUAUGGUUUUACCAAACUAAUAGAUUUGCUGGAAGCACUCACUCAUACUGUCCAGGUGAUGGGCGAAGGAAAUAAACGUGUAGUUACCCUCUCUCACAGGGCCCAAGUUCGUCGUUUCACUUCAGAUUUGCUUCGUGUUCUCAAAGCUCAAGCUAGCAAACAGGUCGCUCUUUCAGAAUUUCCGAGUGUCUAUGCCAGAGUCGUUGGGAAAGCAUGGGAUGUAGUCGAUUAUGGUGUUUGUGAAAUUGGAGAUAUUCUUGGAGAAGUCUCAGAAAAUACAGUCGUCGUUUCCAGUUUUAAUGGAGAUGAUCAGCUGAUUGCUAUCCCAAAACGAGAACAAACACCAGAGGAAAUAGAAAGAACUAAGCAAUUCGCUGUUGAGGUUGUAGAGCUUUUGCGACAUGCGCCACAGUGUAGAAUGCUCUUCAAUAAAUUCGUGCCUUCUUAUCAUCACCACUUUGGUCACCAGUGUCGGGUUUCCGAUUACGGUUUUACGAAAUUGAUCGAGCUUUUCGAAGCGAUUCCCCAAGUCGUGAAAAUUGAGGACGUGAGCGGGGGUGAAAGAAGAAUUGCUUUGACUGAAAAAGAAGGUCUUCUCAUUCUCGACGAGCAAAUUUCGAAGUUAGUUGCUCGUUCCAGAGGAAGUUUGAACGUUUCUGCCGUUCCCCACGAGUUUUUGCAACUCUACGGUUAUGUACUUCGUCCGGAACUGUUUGAUUGCAGUUCUAUAUUACAACUUAUGGAGAAACUGGACAAUACUGUCAAGGUGAUUCAUACGGACGCGGGAGCAUUCGUAAUUUCGGUAGAUAAAUCGCAUUUACAGCAGGUCGCAUUGCAAUGUCGUCGAGUUUUGAUAGACCAAACGGAGUUUCGUUUGCCACUCAAUAAGUUCCAGCAUAUUUACACUCAGCUUUUCCACAAGGCUUGCAAUUUGGAGGAACUUAGAAAGGAACUUGGCAGCGUCGUACGGCUGAUAGCCAUAAAUAAUGAUCAACACAUCGAACUCACACCGCUACAAUGUUUCGCCUGCAACGCCUAUCGCGUGUUAAUGAACUACGGAGGUUCAUUGAAUAUUUCUCAGUUCGAAGGAGCCUAUUUAACUGUCACAGGAUCCGCUUGUAGAGCAGCACAAUACGGAUUUCCGACCGUGGUGGCUCUUCUUCAAGCAGUGCCUUGUACCGUGAUUCUGAAGGAGAAUCGACACAAGAGGAAGGUCAUUUACCUCAACAAGAAACUGGGCUGUGCUGGUUUCCCACUGCCGUCCUCUUUCACAGCAUCGAACCAAGAUUCAGAAUCGGGCAACGAAUCAGUUGAGAUGGACUCUUCGAUACGUCUCAAUGUCUCAAAUGCCAUUAACAUCUCGAAAAAUCGAGACAACUGGAAUGCUCAGAGUGCGAACAACUCCUGGAAGCAUAAUGAGGAAGGAAAUUCCUGGGACAAGAACAAUGAUUCUCACUGGGCAGCCUUACCACAUGGUGAAAAUCAGUCUCAGAAGUGGCCGGAAGUCGGACGGAGCGGAGAGAGUUUUUUGAAGAGUCUGAUACGCACUCCGAUCUUGAGCAAUGAAUUUCCUCCACCGCCUCCUGCGCCAGAAGCUGUUGAACUGAUCGAAGACGAAGAAAAGAUUAUCGAUUGGAGCUCUUCGGUAUGGGCCACUCCGCCAAAGUAUGCGUAUUCACAGAGCGAGCAACUCACAAACAUCGAGGUACCUGCUAUGACUCUGCCUGCGUGGAAUCAAAACGUAACAAUUGAUGAUGCUUCGGAUCUUUUGUCGCCGACAAAGAAUCUAUUGCCGGCUUUGGCAAAUCCACUAAAUCCGAGAAUUUCGCCUUACUUUGCUGGAAACCGGAACAUGGUAGUUGCUCCACAUCCAUCUGCACUGCCGCUACCUUCUGUUUCUUUAACGGCUCGAAAAGACGUUUCUGAACGAAUAAGUCCUACCAGUUCCGCGAGUGGAAGUUUUAAUGAACCUGAAACUGCAGACAGGGUCGAUACAACUCCUACUAAACGCUCAUUCUCUGGAAAGCGUCGAUUGGCUGCCCAAUUCGAUCAGCCCAUCGACUCCUGAACGAAGUAACUCCUGGAAAAAAACCUUGAAACACACAAAAAGCGGACUAGAUUCCAAGAUCUAGUCCCAACUUGAAUUUUAUUGCGAAGAAAUAAAAGUGUAAUACAUAUGUAAGAUCUCGGUAUGCCGCUGCGCACUAGGCCAAAUACCUAAACGAGCGUUGACCGCUCGAAUAGGUAUUUUCCUAAUUUCAUUUAAUCUUGAACAUUUCUAUCGAUUAAAAUUUCACGAGCGAGAUAAAAUGCUGGAAUGCAAAACUCUUUGAUUGUGAAAUGUAUGAGCGGCAUGAAAUACCGAGUGUAUCGAUGAUUCCAUAUUGGGAUUGUACAGCACUGUCCAAACUGUGAUAACAAGUAUGGAGCAUCAUAACCAAUUUCAUCUCUCCUGAAUGGCCUAUCCAGAAGCCUACAUUCAAUCUUAUCAUCCAUUAAAAUCGUGCGAUUCGAACCGAUCUCCAUGGACUGAAACAAAAAUAAAAAAAAAGAAAUAAAAAAACUGCACGAUUUAUUUAAGAUCAAUUACUUAAGGUCGUCUUACGCUCGAACGUAUAAAGAUAUUUAGUUAACAAAACAAAAGAAAACAAAAAAAGUAGAAAAAUAAAUCUCCAAUGAAUCCGAUCGGUUCGAUUCUCCAGAUUUACCACAAAUUGGUUCUGAGAAGUCGCGCGAAACUAAAUUUUUCGCGACUCAGGCAUCACCUUUGCAUACUUAAUAUAAGUAUUAUCAGUGUCGACUAGGAAAAAAAGUCUCUCUCGCUGCCUCCGUUUCCUUUGAAUUAUUUUCACAGAGACCAAAAAAAUUAUCAUGAAGAAAAUUAUUUCGAGCCUCUUGUGUGGUUGAGAGAGACGAGCGUUGUUUUUAUUCUGGGAAGCAUUUUCAGUGUUUAACGUGUAAGCUAAGUGAUUGUGCGAUUAUACAGAACUUGCAGAAGAUCGUUUUUUACUCGAAAAUGAGAUGACCAGGGGUUUUAGAGGAAAGACAAGGAAAUUGCGAAUCACGUUUCUAUAGGUUUGUCGUUUUUAAGUCCCAAGUCCAAAUUCGCGAAGACGUUAUAAAUAUCGCGGGCUGGAAAUAAGGUUUUUUUUCAUGCCAGUGCGAGGUGCAUGUCGGCGAUCUUGAUGAUCUCAGAUUUUAUUUGUACUUGUGAAUAAUAUUUUAGUAGAAAUAAAGGCGUAUUUACUAUACUUUUGGAUCGCGCGGCGACAUUGUAAAUACUCACGACAACUCGAUGAUUGUGUUUCAAAAUGGCUACAUUGCUUAAUUUGUAUAUAAACGAAAAGUCUGAACUAAUAUCACAGCUAGAUAAUGGUGUGUUAGUGAAAAUUCGUGUUUGCCGUUAGAAAGAAACAAUGGUUUGCCGGUCGGAUGAUCUCGAAUCGGCAUCAUCGAGCUGCGAAGAUAUCUUCCUUGUUAUCCAUCGAUAACCAAGUUCUGUUAAUUUAUUUUUAAUACACUGCCUUUUUGUUAUUAAGUAUUACUACGUAUUUAUUGUGCUCUCUUUCAUUUUGAUAGGUUUACUGUUUAACCGAGUAUACGUAAACGUCUCUAGGUCGCGAAUAGAUUGAAACCCAACCGCGCAAUUUUCUUGUGUCAGCACGCUGCAUCUUUUUUUUGAGAAACAACUUUUGCCUUCGGUGCAAGGAAUUUGGUGCCACUUUUGUAGUUUUAUUUAUUGUCCGCACAUUCCACGAUGCUGUUGUGCCGUCGACGAUUUUAAGUUCCCUUUCUUCUUUUAGCUAUUGGCACCGAUGCACCGUAAGUGUCGGCUUCUUGAUUUUCAAAUUAUGACCUGAGAUUUGAAUUUGAAUUGAGUGAGGAAUCGAGCAAAGAAAUAGAGGCGAUAUCUUCAAUAUCUCGGUCUUUCGUAACUUAUAGAUCGUUUUACUCACAUAACCAAUCUGGAUAAUAGAAAUUUAUCGUGUAAAGUGUACAGGAUCAACCGGAUUCUCUGAAAUGUAUUUAAUAAUUUGAUAUUUGCGUACAAUAGGUGUAGAUAUUUUUAUAUAUUGUACUAUGAAACGUGAAACGGAUACGUGAAUGAAUAAAAAAAAAUGAGAACAUUCUGUUUGCAAGUUAAAA